UUAUUACAAACCAAUGAUGCUCYAUGUCAUGUGCACCUGUCCUUGUGAGGUUCGACCACCGCGAUUCUGUAGACCAAAACUAACCCAAUAAAGUAAUACUUUCUUCUGUUUUGGUUGGCGUCUACAAUGCAGCGUGGAUGGAUUCUGUUAGUGUUGUCUAUUGGAGUAAUAUUAGUGACGAACCAUGUCUUGGGACAGUCACCCACCUGUAGUAUGGACGAAGUGAAGAAAGACUGCAGAAACUGUUCACAUGAAUUCAUUAAUAGUAUGAUCAGGGAAGACCAGUUGUCAAACUGUAGCGAUGCAUACAAGAAAAUGCAAUCUUGCGUUCACGACAUCGUCUUUGCCAAAUGCUUCGCUUCAUUGGUCAACAGAAYCUCCUCCCUCAAGGAAGGUUUGGAAACUCUUCUCCAACUGUAUCUGCAAUCGUUAACCAACCUUGAUGUGAUGUUCUGCGGAAAAGAGAUUGGUAAAAGAGUCAAUCUGACUACGAUUCCAUCGGGGUCAUUCGUGCAGAUGUAUGCACCAUGUGAGCAGCAGGCUUAUAUCGAAGGACCAAAAUGUGCCCUUGACUUUUACAACGCAUUUAAAGUUAACAAGACAGACCCAUCCUUAUGCAGAAAAUACAUAAAUGCCAAAGACUGCGAAAAUGACGUGAGGAAGACGUACUGCAAAACUGAAAUGGCCCCAGAAGUUGAUCCUUUCCAUCCGUUCUGUAGCGCUACUCCAGAGGUCCACGGGACUGCACGACUACACGGCUCCGUCACAGAAUCAGCGGUCACCAUUUCUGUGUUGAUGGUCCUAAAGCUAUUCCUAGUGUAGUUACGAUUGUAGUCAUUGUUCAUGAGCUUUUUUCUUUUAAAUUAUCUGCUGAGUAAACCAGUGUUCCAAGUUACCGCGAGGCGCAUCCAUGGAUGUUAAAACUAAUACAUCGAUCCCGCAUUCAUUGUUCUACCUGAAAAUUGUAAAUACCUGUCUUAGAAUCAAUGCAAUCUAAAGUUACAUCAAGAAAAAAAUCCAUAACUACUAAAUAAUCUUAUGAAUUAGAGUUUCUUGAUCGGACAUUCUGUAUUCCAUUGGGAAAACUACCCAUUUUUUGGUUGGGCGCUCCGUCCUUUCUCGAGGGUGUAUAUGGGAUUUAAUAUUAAGUGUUAUAGGCCCGAUUGGUUUUUACUGUUUUUAUGCUACGAAGGACAAUUUUUAAAUUAAAAUGUUAAGUGUUAUGCAACUCCCACCCUCCUCUGCUAUACCCUCAAUCUCAGUCCCCAAAAUAUAGGUUCACUUUUUCAAAAACCCAAUACUCCGAGAUUGGGACGAGGGCAUCAGAGGCCUACAUAUGUCACUGGAUUUUAAUAAAUAGCCUUUGAUAACGGAAA